ACAUAGAAAUCGAUCAGCUCUACAGACAAGAGCAUUACAAAUCUUGUGCUUAAGAGUUCGAAAAAAAUAAACAAUUUCCAAGAUGAAAUUCAUCGUGUUGGUUCUCUUCUGUGCCGUUGCAUACGUUUCUGCUCAAGCGGAAUUGGAACCUGAGGAUACAAUGGAUUAUAUCCCGACUCGUUUCCGACGACAAGAAAGAGGAUCCAUUGUCAUUCAAGGAACUAAAGAGGGAAAAAGUCGUCCAUCCUUGGACAUUGAUUACAAACAACGUGUCUACGAUAAGAAUGGAAUGACAGGAGACGCCUAUGGUGGACUAAACAUUCGUCCUGGACAACCUAGUCGACAGCAUGCAGGAUUCGAGUUUGGGAAAGAAUAUAAGAAUGGUUUCAUCAAAGGACAAAGUGAAGUUCAACGUGGUCCUGGUGGCAGGCUUUCACCAUACUUUGGAAUAAAUGGUGGAUUUAGAUUUUGAGAUAUUUUCAAAUAACAAUUAAAUUAGCCAUUUACAUAGCAUUUAAUAAUUAUUUAUUCCAGUAAUGCAUUUAUUUCAUUUUGAUCUUAUUAAUUUAUAAAAAUUUGGCAUUGAAAGAAAAUUGAUAGAUUGUAAUUCAAUUGUAUUAAUUACAAUAUAAGAGAUUCGAAUAAAUAUAAUUUUAUCAUUAUA